GGCAAACUUGAAGAUUGUAACAAAAUGAGAUUGGCAAUGAGCGGUUUGGUAUCCUCAGCUACUUCAACUCGUUCAGCUUUUCUUCUCCGCCCCUUCAUGGCCACCUACAGGACUCUUCACACUCCCUUACCGUUUCCUUCGUUUGGCGUCGGAAAUAAAUACAAUAAAUGUUGUCUUCUCAAAUACUCAAACACCUCCCAAAGUUUUCAUCUUUUCAGAAGACUACCCGAUGCCUUCCGCUUUAAUUCUAGAAAUAUUUUCAGUUAUGUGCCUUUAGACUGUGGUAUCAGAUUGACUUCACCCAAUUCUGUACCCUUCCCUAAGAGGUACUUUUCUCAAGUACCAAAAGUAGCCAAUGAAAAAAACAGUGGAAAUAGUUUCCCCUUCAAAUUUAAAAAAAAAUGGAAACAGUCUAAGGUGUUGGCUUCUCCAAGUACGAAUAAAAUUACAAAUUCCAGUAAGUUGUCCUCUGAGGAUGUUAAUGUGGUGACUCCAGCAAGUGAACAGCUGGUUGGAGAUGCCAAGGAAGGAGUGAAGCAAAAUUCUAAAGUUAAUAAGAAAAAAAAGCAACCCUCCAGGAGCAAGAAAAACAAGGAACAAGUUUCUGCUGCUACUGCUUCAGUGGAAGCUACUGUGGAAAAGAGUCCCACUCAGGCUUCAAAGAAGUCUUCAACUGGGAUCACCCCUGUGGAAGCCCUUGGUAGUACUGUUUCAACAAAACAGCAGUCCAACAAGAAAAUUGCCAACUCUAGUAGAAAGGGAAAAUCUUCGAAGGCAGCUAAUGCAGCUUUGCAGAAACAGAAACCGGAGAAGGUAGUCAUAACGAAGCUUCCAGGAAAAAACACACUAAAGCCGCUAUAUCCCCCAACUGGGAAAUCUGUUGUGGUGGUUGAGUCUGUUACAAAGGCAAAGGUUAUUCAGGGCUACCUUGGUGAUAUGUUUGAAGUCUUGCCCAGCUAUGGUCACAUCAGGGACUUGGCUGCAAGGUCGGGAUCUGUGCGGCCUGAUGAUGACUUCAGUAUGGUAUGGGAGGUCCCAUCUGCUGCUUGGACUCAUCUUAAAAGUAUCAAGGUGGCUUUGAAAGGAAGCCUGCUCUGCGUCUGUAUAAAUAAAGGCAAACUUGAAGAUUGUAACAAAAUGAGAUUGGCAAUGAGCGGUUUGGUAUCCUCAGCUACUUCAACUCGUUCAGCUUUUCUUCUCCGCCCCUUCAUGGCCACCUACAGGACUCUUCACACUCCCUUACCGUUUCCUUCGUUUGGCGUCGGAAAUAAAUACAAUAAAUGUUGUCUUCUCAAAUACUCAAACACCUCCCAAAGUUUUCAUCUUUUCAGAAGACUACCCGAUGCCUUCCGCUUUAAUUCUAGAAAUAUUUUCAGUUAUGUGCCUUUAGACUGUGGUAUCAGAUUGACUUCACCCAAUUCUGUACCCUUCCCUAAGAGGUACUUUUCUCAAGUACCAAAAGUAGCCAAUGAAAAAAACAGUGGAAAUAGUUUCCCCUUCAAAUUUAAAAAAAAAUGGAAACAGUCUAAGGUGUUGGCUUCUCCAAGUACGAAUAAAAUUACAAAUUCCAGUAAGUUGUCCUCUGAGGAUGUUAAUGUGGUGACUCCAGCAAGUGAACAGCUGGUUGGAGAUGCCAAGGAAGGAGUGAAGCAAAAUUCUAAAGUUAAUAAGAAAAAAAAGCAACCCUCCAGGAGCAAGAAAAACAAGGAACAAGUUUCUGCUGCUACUGCUUCAGUGGAAGCUACUGUGGAAAAGAGUCCCACUCAGGCUUCAAAGAAGUCUUCAACUGGGAUCACCCCUGUGGAAGCCCUUGGUAGUACUGUUUCAACAAAACAGCAGUCCAACAAGAAAAUUGCCAACUCUAGUAGAAAGGGAAAAUCUUCGAAGGCAGCUAAUGCAGCUUUGCAGAAACAGAAACCGGAGAAGGUAGUCAUAACGAAGCUUCCAGGAAAAAACACACUAAAGCCGCUAUAUCCCCCAACUGGGAAAUCUGUUGUGGUGGUUGAGUCUGUUACAAAGGCAAAGGUUAUUCAGGGCUACCUUGGUGAUAUGUUUGAAGUCUUGCCCAGCUAUGGUCACAUCAGGGACUUGGCUGCAAGGUCGGGAUCUGUGCGGCCUGAUGAUGACUUCAGUAUGGUAUGGGAGGUCCCAUCUGCUGCUUGGACUCAUCUUAAAAGUAUCAAGGUGGCUUUGAAAGGAGCAGAAAGUAUUAUUCUUGCCUCAGAUCCUGAUCGUGAAGGAGAGGCAAUUGCGUGGCAUAUCAUUGAGAUGUUGCAACAACAGGAUGCUUUACGUGAAAAUAUUACUGUAGCGAGGGUUGUCUUUCAUGAAAUAACUGAAGCAUCCAUCAAAAGUGCCUUGCAAGCUCCAAGAGAAGUUGAUGUCAAUUUGGUUCAUGCUUACCUUGCCCGGCGAGCUCUUGAUUAUUUGAUUGGAUUUAACAUUUCACCAUUAUUGUGGAGGAAACUACCUGGUUGCCAGUCAGCUGGGCGAGUCCAAUCUGCUGCCCUGUCUCUUUUAUGUGACAGAGAAAUAGAAAUUGAUGAAUUUAAACCACAAGAGUAUUGGACUGUUGAGGUUGAGUUGAAUAAAAAAGAGUCAAAUUCUUCAGUGGAAACCUUUUCUUUUCCAGCUCACCUUACCCAUUUCAAAUCAAAAAAGUUAAAUCAGUACUCAAUUCGCUCUCAUACAGAGGCAAAGGAUAUUGAACAAAAGAUAAAUUCAACGAAUUUUCUAGUGAUCUGCUCUAAGAAAAGCAUGAUGAGGAAAAAUCCUCCCACACCAUAUAUAACGUCAACUCUUCAGCAGGACGCUGCAAACAAAUUGCAUUUUUCAGCAUCGUACACAAUGAAGCUCGCACAAAAACUUUAUGAAGGGGUUCAGUUAUCAGAGGGGAAGGCAGCUGGUCUGAUAACUUACAUGAGAACAGAUGGACUUCAUAUCUCUGAUGAAGCUGUUAGGGAUAUCCGCUCCUUGCUCAUUGAAAGGUAUGGGUCAGAUUAUGCAUCAGAAAAUCCUCGAAAAUAUUUUAAAAAGGUGAAGAAUGCUCAAGAGGCUCAUGAAGCUAUUAGGCCCACUGAUAUGCGGAGGUUACCUGUUAUGCUUACUGGAAUUCUAGAUGAAGAUUCCUUGAAGUUAUACACUCUUAUUUGGUCUCGGACAAUGGCAUGUCAAAUGGAACCUGCAACCAUUGGGCAGAUACAACUGGAUAUAGGUGAUGCUAGUGAGUCCAUUGUUUUCCGUUCUUCUUGCUCAAAAGUAGAAUUUCGUGGAUUCCGAGCAGUUUAUGAGGAUGUGGAUGCUGGAGCUAUCAGAUAUAAGGAAAAUGAAGGGAAUGAUCGUGAUGGAGCUUUUGAAAUUCUCAAUUCACUGAAGUCAGGGGAGCCAUUGUCUCUUGGUCAACUGGAACUCAAGCAGCAUCAUACCCAACCUCCACCACGGUACUCAGAGGGAUCACUGGUUAAGAAGCUGGAAGAGCUUGGGAUUGGAAGACCUUCUACAUACGCAUCUACAUUAAAAGUUUUACAGGAUAGAAAAUAUGUGACAGUGAAAAGCCGUGUAUUGUAUCCUGAAUUUCGUGGUCGUAUGGUGUCAGCAUUUCUCUCUCACCAUUUCUCGGAGGUGACAGACUACAGUUUCACUGCUGAUAUGGAGACUGAGCUUGAUAAUGUUUCUGCUGGCUUAACUGAAUGGAAAGGCCUCCUUAGGGAUUAUUGGACAAGAUUCAGUUCAUAUUGUACCCGUGCUCAAAGUGUACAUAUUCAUCAAGUGGAGAAGAUGUUGGAGAAAACAUUUGGGGAUUUUUUGUUUGCUUCUCUCCCCAAUAAAGGCAGGACAUGUCCAAGUUGCUCUGAGGGCACUUUGAUUUUUAAAGUAAGUAGAUUUGGUGCGGGCUAUUUUAUAGGCUGUAAUCAGCACCCAAAAUGCAGUUAUAUUGCCAAGACACUAUAUGGUGAUGAUGAUGAAGAAGAUGCUCCUCAAAAGAACACUAAUGUAGAGGAGCCAAAACUGAUUGGUCUUCAUCCAGGCUCAAAUGAAAAGGUUCUUUUGAAGACUGGUCCUUAUGGAUACUAUGUACAGCUUGGUGAAGAUAGGACGGCUAAUAUGCCUAAAAGGGCCACUGCUUCCCAUAUUAAGGAUGUGGACUCUAUUACCCUUGAAGAUGCUCUGGAGUUGCUGCGUUACCCUUUGACGUUGGGAAACCAUCCAAAGGAUGGGCAUCCAGUAACAAUAAGGCAUGCAAAGGCUGGGUUUUCUGUUAGACAUCGACGCACUAUUGCUUCUGUUCCAAAGAAUAUGAACCCGAAGGACGUCACUCUUGAGAAGGCAUUGAAAUAUUUGUCGGGUAAAGGUGUAAGACUAUGUGGCCGACCUAAGAGUAAGCCGAAGGUUGAAGAACCCUUGGAGGCCAUGUAAAUAGGAGAGUGCAAGGUUAUCUAGCGAUUAUUCUCUGCAAAUGAGCCUGUGGUCAUGACAUUACAUCCACAGCUGAAAUCAUUAAUUUAUAGGAAAAGAGCAUCUACAUGCACUUGGGCAUCUUCAGAAUUUUUUAUGACGAGAGCCCAUAAGGUGUGUAUAAUUGCCACUGCAAUGAUCAAUUUUCUUGUAGUUAAUCUCCAUUUUGAUGGUAUAAAUAUGUUCGAGCCAUUUAUCAAUGAUGCAACGGCUCAAUCAAUUUCUUACCGAGGGAAUGUAAUCAUGAAAUGUUACACGGCUGAGAUUCUUUGAUUUUGAUUACCGGUUGAAUUAAAUAAAUCUCUUCAUAAUUUA